AUGUCCAGUCGCUACAGAGUCGAGUACCAGCUCAAGGCGCACCGCAAGGAUGCCUUUAUUGAAUGGAUCAAGGGGCUACUCGCUGUGCCUUUCGUUCUGCACUCGGUGACCGAGCGUGACAACGCUCAAGAAAAGUACCGGCGCGUAUUUGAGGACGUGGAGACGCUCAUCAAUGAGAAGAUUACAGUCGACUCAGAUGAGUCGCUCACGCGCGCGGCCGGCGUAUCGCGCCUGGACAAGCUGGUGCCGACGAUCGGCACCUUCUUUACGCCGCUCCCGCUCACGGAGGCGUUCCUGCGCCAAAACGCGCGCCGCGCGAUUAGUGAACGCGCAUACGUGUCUCCAUCGUUCAAUGACAUCCGCCACAUCCUCAAUACCGCGCAAAUAGUGCAGCUUGCGCGCGCCGGAGAGCUGUCGCUGGUCACCUUCGAUGGUGAUGUCACCUUGUACGAGGACGGUGCGUCGCUUGCUGCUGAGGACAAGGUAAUUGGCCGCCUGCUGCGCCUGCUGGGCGCUGGUAUGCACGUGGGAAUCGUCACCGCCGCCGGCUACGAUGACGCUGAAAACUAUGAGCGGCGGCUAUUUGGACUUUUGCGGCGGCUUGAGCGCGCGGACUUGCCCAACGAGGCAAAACGCCGGCUUUGUGUCAUGGGCGGCGAAUCCAACUUUUUGUUUCGCUGCUACGAGCGCGAUGGCCGCGCGGGCUUCGAACGUGUGCCUGAGAGCGUUUGGAUGUCCGCUGAGCUCCACCAGUGGAACCAGCAGGAUAUCAACGCCACACUGGAUUUGGCAGAGGUGAUGCUCCGGGCGCUGCGCGAAAAACUGCGCCUGCCUGCGGAGACCCAGAUCAUCCGCAAGGUGCGCGCAGUGGGCAUUGUACCGGGGCAGCGCUUUGACCCGGAGUUGGGCCGCGAAAUUCGCGUGCCGCUGCUGCGCGAGACGCUGGAGGAAAUCGUUCUUACAGUCCAGGGUCGGCUCGAGAACUUCCCACCCGCGCAGCGUGUGCAAUUCAGCUGUUUCGACGGCGGCAGCGACGUGUGGUGCGACAUCGGCGGCAAGGACCUCGGUGUAGCCUUCCUGCAGCGGUUCUACUCGCCGGAGCGUCCAAUCCGCCCUGAGCAGUCCUUGCAUGUCGGUGACCAGUUCGCCCCCGUCGGAUCUGCGAAUGACUUCAAGGCACGGCUCGCAGGCUGCACAGCGUGGAUAUCGUCGCCACAGGAAACGGUUGCGCUGCUCGACGACCUCCUUGCGGAGCUUGAGGCUCAGAAGAAUAUGUAA